AUGAGUGAACUUGAACAAAUAACUGAUCAAGAAGCUGACGUCCAAGAGUCAGAAGAAGAAGAACUUUUCUACACAGAAAUAGACGAGUUGCAAAACCAUGGAAUUAACUCUUCUGAUAUUGCUAAACUAAAAAGUGCAGGGAUUUGUACUGUGCGAGCGAUUCAUAUGACGACCCGCAGAAAUCUCUGUAAGAUUAAAGGUCUUUCCGAGGCAAAGGUUGAUAAACUCAAAGAGACGGCCAGCAAGCUUCAGUCUGCUUCUUUCAUGACUGGCACAGAGUAUUCGCAAGUAAGAAUGAAAGUAAUGCAUAUUUCAACGGGCAGUAAAGCGUUGGACUCGCUUUUAGGCGGUGGAGUUCCCACCAUGUCCAUUACGGAGGCCUUUGGUGAAUUUAGGACGGGUAAGACACAAAUCGCCCACACGUUAUGUGUUGUCGCACAACUUCCUUCAAACAUGGGUGGGACAAAUGGCAAGGCCGCGUUUAUCGAUACAGAAGGAACCUUUCGCCCAGAACGUAUUAGGUCAAUAGCUGCUCGUUUCGGGAUUGACCAAGAAGCAGCACUUGAGAAUAUUCUUUUCGCUCAAGAAUAUAAUGUAGCCGUUUAUAUUACAAAUCAGGUUCAGGCUGACCCUGGUAGCAACAUGAUGUUUGUGAGUGACCCACGCAAGCCCAUCGGAGGUCAUGUGCUUGCCCACGCAUCAACCGUUCGUCUUUACCUUCGCAAAGGUCGUGGAGAUGAACGUAUAGCAAAGAUUUAUGAUUCACCUGAUAUGCCCGAGGCCGAAUCACCGUAUACUAUUUCAGCUGGUGGUAUUAUUGACAGUUCAGGUUAA